AUGGUGCUCAAUGGGCAUAAUCCAAAUGUUAUCGACUGGCCUGAUGCGAAGCUUAUUAUUCCCAUCGCUAAGAAGCACCCAUCUUUUGAGUUUGUGCAAAGGCUGUUCUACAAUGCCGGCGUUGUAGCCAGCUUCAGUUAUGUUAUCGCGGCGUUGGUUUUGCAGCCGCUGCUACAACACCAGACUGAGCAGAGGGUUGAACUGAGCAUCACUUGUCUCCUUUCUCUCAGAAGGAUCAUUAGCACAUUAGAGUCUAAACUGGAAAACGUAUCAGUGACUGCUCAAGGCUACAAUGAGCGGAUUAACUGCGUUUCCUCGAAAACAAAUAUUGACAGAUGCACACAAACGGAACCUGAGAAUAAAUCCAGAAAAGACAGCCAGCAAAAGAGCGGUUGGUUGAAAAUCAUUUCUAAAUUGAAGGAAGCGCGUACUCUCGUAGAUGGUCAUCAAGACGAACAAAUACUGGAUAGCGAGCCAAAUGAUCACUACUUACCCCUUAAAUUCCAAAUUCAGUCGUUUAAUUCAAACCUCCGGGGAUUGAACGUUCAAAAUUCUGAUGAGAAAACUAGAAAAAGUAUACAAGCUAUUCGCGAAAUGAAGGGAUGGAUCAUUAACGGCAAAACUGUUUGA